CUGACGUCAGCGCGUCAGACGGCUGAAUGUUUACAUCCAGCAGUGGUGUGUUGAUCCGAUCCCAAACAACAAAAGGCUGAGCAGCAGAAAAGCGCAACGCGGAGGAGAAUCCGGGGGCAUUUCCAGCAGUCAGGAUGGGCGGAGCUGUGAGUGCCGGUGAGGACAAUGACGACUUGAUUGACAACCUGAAGGAGGCAUAUUACAUCCGUUCAGACCUGGUGGAGCGAGCUUUCCGAGCUAUAGACAGGGCCGACUAUUACCUGGAUGAAUACAGGGACAACGCUUACAAGGACUUGGCGUGGCGGCACGGAAACAUCCACCUGUCUGCUCCAUGUAUCUACUCUGAGGUGAUGGAGGCAUUGGAUCUCCAGCCUGGCCUCUCUUUCCUCAACCUGGGCAGCGGGACAGGAUACCUCAGCACCAUGGUCGGGCUCAUACUGGGACCGUUUGGUGUGAAUCAUGGGAUUGAGUUACACGCAGACGUGAUGGAGUACGCCUACCAGAAGUUAGACACCUUCAUCAAAACCAGCGACAGCUUUGACAAGUUUGAGUUCUGCGAGCCUUCCUUUGUGGUGGGGAACUGCCUGGACAUCCCUCUGGAGAGCCGACAGUAUGACCGGGUGUACUGUGGGGCUGGGGUGCAGAAAGAACACGAGGACUACAUGAAGAACCUGCUGAAGGUGGGGGGCAUCCUGGUCAUGCCUCUUGAGGAAAAGUUGACUAAGAUCACCCGUACCGGCCUGAACAGCUGGGAGACUAAAAAGAUCAUCUCCGUGUCCUUUGCCCCCCUGGUGCUGCCCAAAUACAGCACAAAUGGUAAACCCAAGACAGUCCCACUACCCAAGUACGAGGUCCGGACUCUCCAGGAACUGGCUCGUAUCUGCAUCCGCCACACCCUCAGGGUGACCACAGACAGUGGAGACAGCCACUCGCGUGGCCGAGGUUCCUCCUUCAGCGUGGGCAGAGGCCUGGCGGUGGCAGGGCUCCAUAAGUACGGUCCUCGCUUCAAGCGCCGGCGAGUCCACCGCCGCCACUGCAACGCCCUCGUGCUGGCCACCCGGCAGGUGGUGGCCAGCAGCGGGAUCGGCCCCUCUCCCCUGGACAGCAACAACAACCAGGAGGGACGGAUGGAGGACGAGGAGGCGGCGGGAGAAAGGGAGGGGAGGCGGCAGAUGAGAGGGAGCAGGAGAGCCAGGAGAGGAGCCGGACGGGAGCUGGUGGAAGAAGAGGAGACGGUGGAGGAGGAGGAGGAAGAGGAGGAGCAGGAGGGGGAAGAAGAGGAGAAGGAAACCGGGGAGCUGCUCCGACCCCAGCCAGCCGUGAACGUACUGAGAGAGAGGAUCCUGGGCCUGCCGCUGCCCGAGCCCCUGAAGAUGUACCUGUUGUACUACAGAGAGAAAUGAGCCCGGCCGGAGCCACGGUCGCCCUGAGUCCGAGCCCUGAGCUGAAAUCACGCAAGGGCCCAAGCCUCUGUUCCAACCCCACCACCACCUGAACGAGACAGGUCAGCCAACCUUACGGACCCCCAGCUCCACCAUGGCUCUUCUUCCCUCUCACCUCAUCUUCAUCCAUCCUCCUUCCUUCUCCCUCUGUUCGCUCAGCCUCUGGCUGCUCUUUGCUCCACUCCUGAUGCUGUAAAGAGUCAGUUCUGUUUUUCCAGUGGAGGCGGGGCGGUUGCACAACUCUGGUAAACUGAUCCACUCGUGCAAAACACCCAGAAAUUGGUACAUAAUACAGUUUAUGAAUCAUAAUUAAUGUAAUAAUGACAGCAGCAGAGGGGUCCACUGUUGCUUGGUCUGCAGUUGCGGACCAGAGAUCAAACAUGUAGCAACGAGUGAAAAGUAAUCCAGGGAUUACAGUUAGUGUGCUGACAGUGUGGCGGUUGGGUUGUCCACAAGAGUUGGCGUGUUAAUUUCCAUGUAAUGGAUGCGGUCUUACAAAGAAUAAGCUCAGCUUUGCGUGCAAAGAUCUUGCAGCUUGUAACAAAGAUGGCGUGGUGAGUGUGAUUGUUUCCAUUGAUUUCCAAAAUGAAACUGGAGCUCUGCCUCGAGUCCAUUAGAUCAUUUAACUUCAACGAUAAACCAGGUUCUUAUGACGGAGUAUUAGAUUCGCUUGAAGAACAAGAGGAAGUUCUUUCUCUUUUUUCAGAUUUGAGAGUAGAGUCAGACUCUUGGGAACACAAUCAAAUAGAAUAAUGAAACAUUUCAAGAUUAGUUGCAAAUUAAUACUUAAACCUACAAUAUGUCUGAGUUUGCAUCAGCGAGCUGGCAAUGAGUCAUUUAGUGGGUUUAAGAAACAAGGAAAUUCUGUUUUGCCACAUGAACAUGUUGUGGGGAUAGUACCAGUGCCAAACUUAGAAGAUGUGGUUGCAUUGAUGGUUCUGCCUGUGUGCAGUAAAGGCAGAUAUGCGAUACCACAAGAUGCAGCAAGACAUCUGAUCCGUUUGUUUGAUCCUGAAGGUGUGUGACCCUACAAAUAAUGGAUGGAAAAUUUAAAUUUUAUUUUAAUCUGAAGUCUUUGUUUGGCCCUUUAACAUGAUGUGAAAAUAAAAAUAAUUUUCAUAUUACAACAUAUUACUGUAUAAUAUUUCAGAAUUGUCGUAGCAAAAGGUCUUCACCAGGGAGCAGAGGACGUGUGAGAUCUGGUGUUGUAUAGAAUGUCUGGGCGUAGAGGAAAAGGCAGAAUAUAGAUUAGUGACACCAGUGGUGCUGGGGUCGAUAUCCCACAUGGAAGCACAGAGAAGGGACCAUAUGGCUCUGGGUUAGGGAUUGGGGUUUAGGGUUUAAUAGUCCUUGUCAUUCUUUAUAAUGUCUACGUAUUUUAUGCAAUGCCUUGUAAAAAUAUGUAGCCUAAAGCACAUUGUCUCCAUUGCCUCGACAUUCUACAGAAUACCUGGAUUACACACAAUGAGCCUGUUUACAUGAAAAUCUAAAUCUGACAACUGGGAGUAAUCAUAUAAAUGUAAUAUUCAGAUCUGAAGAAUCUACUUGCAUUUCAAAGAAAUAAUACUAAAGGAAAACUUAGUCUACAUGCUCUAAGUCUAUUGUCACUUCCUAUUAUUUUCAAAACAUUGGUGGAGCCAUGGUCUUAGCAUUAGCUGCUAAUGCUAGGGGCCAUGGUCUUAGCAUUAGCUGCUAAUUCUAGGGGCCAUGGUCUU